GUGAAAUUAGGAAGAAGACUUGCGGCCGCGGAGGCGGGAGCCCUGAGUGACGCCGAGGACCCCGAUUCCACACCAGAUGUUGCCCUCCACAUCCUCCAAAAUGUCCAUGGAAAAGAUGUGGGAGGAGGUCACCUGCUGUAUCUGUCUGGACCCCAUGGUGGAGCCCAUGAGUAUCGAAUGUGGCCAUAGCUUUUGCAAGGAAUGCAUUUCUGAGGUUGGGAAAAGUGGGGGCAGUUCGUGUCCCGAGUGCCGGCAACAAUUCCUGCUCAGAAACCUCAGGCCCAAUCGGCAUAUAGCCAACAUGGUAGAAAAUCUUAAACGUAUAACCCAGAAUUCCAAGAAGGGCCCCCAGGAAAGCCUCUGCAGGAAGCAUGGAGAGACACUGCACCUAUUCUGUGAGGAAGACGGGCAGGCCCUUUGCUGGGUGUGUGCCCAGUCUGGGAAACACCGUGACCACACCAAGGUCCCUAUUGAAGAGGCUGCUAAGAUAUACCAGGAGAAGAUCCGAGUGGCUUUAGAAAAACUGAGAAAAGGAAAAGAGUUGGCUGAGAAGUUGGAAAUGGAUCUUGCAACGCAAAGAGCAGACUGGAAGAGCAACGUGGACACACAGAAGUCGAGGAUCCACUCGGAGUUUCUACACCAGAGUAGCUUGCUGGCUCAGGAGGAGCAGAGACAGCUGCAGAGGCUGGAGACGGACGAGAGGGAGCACCUGAGACUCCUGGGGAAGAAGGAGGCUGAGCUGGCCGAGAAGAACCAGGCCCUGCAGGAGCUGAUUGCAGAGCUGGAGAGGAGAAGCCGGGGCUCUGAGCUGGAGCUGCUGAAGGAGGUGAGGAUCGUCCUGGAAAGGAGUGGAUCCUGGAACCUGGAUACGUUAGAAGUUGCCUCCCCAGACCUCACAAGUGCAUGCCAUGUACCAGGGCGGAAGAAGAUGCUGAGGACAUGUUGGGUUCAUAUUACUCUGGAUCGCAACACAGCCAACCCGUGGCUCGUCAUCUCAAAGGAUCGGAGACAAGUGAGGCUUGCAGACACCCAUCAGAAUGUGCCCGAGAACAAAGAGAGGUUUGAUAAUUACCCCAUGGUGCUAGGUGCCCAGAGAUUCUCCUCUGGGAAGAUUUACUGGGAGGUAGAUGUGACCAGAAAGGAGGCCUGGGAUCUGGGGGUUUGCAGAGAUUCUGUACAGAGGAAGGGGCAGUUUUCCCUCAGUCCUGAGGAUGGCUUCUGGACCAUUUGGCUGUGGAAAAAAGACAAGUAUGAGGCUGGGACCAGCCCCCAGACCACCCUCUACGUACAGGUCCCUCCAUGCCAAAUCGGGAUCUUUGUGGACUAUGAAGCUGGUAUUGUCUCCUUCUAUAACAUAACAGACCAUGGCUCCCUCAUCUACACCUUCACGGAGUGUGAUUUUACUGGACCUCUGCGGCCCUUCUUCAGUGUUGGUUUCAAUGAUGAUGGAAGGAAUGUGGCACCUCUAAAGCUCUGUCCACUAAAGAUGUGAUGAUCAGGAGCCAGUACUCCUGACAAUACUGUCUGGACACUGUUACCCCCUCGUCCUGAUCAAAACCCAGUGACUACUGAAGACCAUUUGUGGAUGCUGUUACCCUCUUCCUGUUGGCGUACUUCAGCCAUGAACUCUGCUUUUUUGUCCAUCUAACUACCCAAAACCAUCAUCUCUGUAGAGGAGUCGGGGUCCCAGAAUGAAGGAACAGCUGGAGAUAACUAAAAGUCAUUGUCAGCUGACCUUCAACACCAGUGUACCUGACAUAGAUUCCUUAAUGGUUCCAUCCAGUGAAACGCCUCACUUCAGACCCAAACUCAUCCAGUUCAGCCAAAACCAUAUUUCUGCCUCCUUUGUGUGACUUAUUUUGUUUUCUCUUUUCUUGGCCAUUACCUUUGGCCAGAUACCCACCUAUUCCUCUAUCUUCUGUGGCUUGCAGAAGGGCUUCCUAAAAAUUGUGCCUCAGUCUGUCCUAUUCAGUCCUUGUUGAUAAAGGUCAAAAUGUCUCUUUCACAUUGUACAUCUUUUAGAUUGUUUUGUUGUUGUUACUGGAGUGUUUUUUUUUUUGGGGGGGGUGUAUCCUUUGCUUGUUUGUUUUCCCUCUCUGGCAUGUUCUUUGCAUUUCUUCAUGUAUAGACCCAGGUCAAGAAUAUCUUACAGUCUGACAAACCAAAGCUAGGACAAAGUAGGAAAAGUGUUCAGAUGAGAGCUGAAUGUAACAGUGACAGUAUACUUGAUGUCCCCAGUAAUAGCCAAAAUUUAGGUGCCAUACUGGCCUGGCCAGCGAGUCCCUGCAGUUGACUCUCACAUGAAGGAGACAGCUAUGGCCAUAGGCUCCCUGCUGUCAGUUUAUGGAUAUGCUGUUCCCUGACCCUGUCGCCUUGAAGAAAGUGAAAUUAGUAGCUGAACUAGUACACAAACAUAUUGAGAGCUUUGAAAAUACCAUCAGCAGAGUGCAGAGGAAGGAUGGAUAACUGUGCGGUGAAGAAAACUCGGGAUGGCUUCGCAUUCAGUCAGCAGCUCCAGAAGUUUUUACGUACACUGAAUGGAAACAAAUAUGGCCCAAAGCUGCCAGAGUCGAGAAACUAUAACUGCUCCCUUUGUUGUUCCAACUCAAACCAAAGAAACCUCUCAGCUCCAGCAAUGCAAUCUCACAGAGACCCUCUUCAACACAGACCACUGCAACUCUAAAGGUUAACCUAGGGGUGGUGGGAAGGAAUCCUGGUGUGGGCAGCUAGAGAGGAAAGUGCUCAAAUGCUGUAGCAGGUAAAGGCACUGAAGCUUACUGCCAAGGACGUAAAAGGAAACAUGUCUACCUCAGAAAGCUGAGAAAAGCGCUGAACUGAUUGGCUAAAAGAGUGAGCAGAGGACUGUGGGGAUUCUCUGUAUCUCAAAGGCUUUGCGGUACCCAGUGAAGAGGCCCGUGGAUAGAACAAAAAGAGUUUCAACAGCUGGACCAGAAGAAAACACCAGGAUUUUUUUCAUUCCAAAUCAUGGUUAACUGUGAUGUUCCCAUUUAUUGACCAUUCUUAAGAGAUUCACUCGUGGUUUUGUCUGUCUCAUAAGUAGACUUUGUGGAGGCUACCCUCCUUUCUCAGUAACCUCGAGGUCAAGUUUGCCUUUGUAGCAGAGCAGUGUCUUCUCUGUCCAGGGGAACAAAGGCUGACUAUGGGAUUCACCAUGUGAGUACAAAAAAUUGUUUUGUUGUUGUUUGCUUGUUUGUUUGUUUUGUGAAAUGAACACAGGUGGUGACACCAGUAGUGAAAUGUAAGCACUGAAUUGAACUUGGAGCUAGUGUGAAGUUUGGCAAAGAACAUCUUGAUAAAUAAAUGAUUUAAGAUAUUUAAAAUAUGCUUCUGUGUUUCAA